AUGAGCCGCCCCCAGGUGGUGAGGGAUGGUGGUCUCCUCAUCAACAACCCCACAGCGUUGGCCAUCCAUGAGUGUAAGCUGCUGUGGCCCAACACCCCAGUGCAGUGUGUUGUCUCCCUGGGUACGGGUCGCUAUGAGACCGUCAACAAGAACAACACCACCUCCACCAGUCUCAAAGCCAAGAUCACCAACGUCAUCAGCAGUGCCACCGACACAGAGGAGGUCCACAUCAUGCUGGACGCCCUCCUUCCACCCAACACCUACUUCCGUUUCAACCCCUACAUGAGCGAGGACAUCCCAUUGGACGAGAGCCGCCCGGAGAGGCUGACCUUCCUGCAGGAGGAAGGAACUCGCUACCUGGAGAGGAACGAAGCCAAGCUGAACAAGGCAGCGUCGGUGCUGGCUCUGGAGAAGAGCGCCAUCCAGAGGCUGGCUGAAUGGUGCAAACUGAAGGCCGACAUGUACGAGGGCUUGCCCUUCAUCUCCAAACUGUAGGGGACGUCUAGAGGUGAAAGGUCAGACAGGCUGAGAGACACUAAUUUAGACUGAUUAUGAAGAUAAUAUAGGAGCUGUAAAGGUCUGACAUGUACGAGGGCCCUUCAUCUCCAAACUGUAGGAAGAGACCUGCAGAGGUUAAAGGUCAAAAGACACUGCAGGCAGUAGCUGCUGAGAAACUCAUUUAGACUUGAAAAUAAACAUCAUGUGCUUUGAUAUGACUCCAUCAGUGGAGGCUGGUGGAAGAAUCUAUAGGAGGAAAGGCUCAUUGUAAUGGUCGGAAUGGAAUAAAUGGAACUGAGUCAAACGUGGUUUCCAUAUGUUUGAUGUGUUUGAUACCGUUCCAUUGAUUCCAUUCCAGCCAUUACAAUGAGCCCAUCCUCCUAUAGCUCCUCCAACCAGCCUCCUCUGGACUCCAUAUCUUCUUGAUGCAGAUCAUGUGAUAUGACUGCGGUCCAUUUGAAUUUCUGCUGCUCAGGCAGGAUGUUGUUGCCUUUGACCUGUGAGAGGUGGUACAGAAGGAUCUGUUGUAGUGUUUCUGAAAGGGGUUUGGCUGGUUGGGCUGAAGGAAUCAACCUUUUGACUGGUCCUAAAUAAAGUGUCACUGUGAUGAGAGCACACAGGCCGUGUUUACACAGGCAGGCCGUGUUUACACAGACAGGCCGUGUUUACACAGGCAGGCCGUGUUUACACAGGCAGGCCGUGCUUACACAGGCAGGCCGUGUUUACACAGGCAGGCCGUGCUUACACAGGCAGGCCAAUUCUAAUAUUUUGCCUCCCUAAAAAUCUGAUAUUUUGCCAAUAAUUGGGCUAAAUACCUGAAUUGGGCUGCCUGUGUAAACAGCCAUAAUGGUGUGAAUGGUAGACAGGCGUAGCCAUUUACUGUUUUGAUUUAAGAGUGCAGGUUUUGCAGGGAAGGUGUUUUUGACAAUUACCUACUUAACAUGUACUGGUAUGUCAGAUAUUCAGGGUCUGUUAUUAGCAUUCUAAUGUAAUUACUGUAAAUAUGUUGUAAGUAACUGACAUUGGUGUCACCUCAUUUAAAUGCUUCAAACUUGAACUAGGCAUGUAAAGUAGAAUGGUAUAAAACAUGUAAUUAUGCCUUUUUUCACAGAUGAAUGAAAUCAUGCACUUUGUCAAUUGUCACAUUGUUCUUAUCUUAAGAGCUCUGUAAGGGAUCAAAUGUACAUGGUUUGAUAUGUGGUUUUGAAUAAUAUUGAAUUGAAGAGUUCAUGGUAUUAGCUUUAUAAUGGCUCUGUAGGUGGAGGGUGUAGAAUGAACAUGGGUCGUUGAAACCGG